UCAGAUCUGAGCAAAAGACUUAAAAAAAAAAAAAAAAUCCAUCCUAUACUAAUUUGUGUCCGCCUCCUGUCCCAAAUAGGAUGAGGCCGUAGGCAAGAGCUGGAGUGAUGAUGAGUCGUAUAUCGAAGGAAUCGCUUCCCGGCGGGAGGAAUGCGGCCGGCGGACAGCAGGAUCGCCGGCGGGGGAGGGGACUCGCCGCCGGAGGAGGGUCUAGGGACGGAGACGAGAGCUUGGAUCUCUUCGCCACGAUCCGUCGGUACCCGUUCAUCAGCUCGACCAUCGAAUCCGGCAGCCAGAAUGGACUGGUCAAGACAUCGAUCGGAUCGGCAAAGUUGGUGAGGAGUGGAGCAGAUGAUCUCUUAUCAGCUGACAUUGGCAAAAGCGAUUAUGAUUGGCUUCUGACUCCCCCUGGCACUCCUCUCUUCCCUUCUUCAGAUGCCAGCGAACACCAGCUGUCCUCGACAGCUCCAAGGAGCAGUUCCAAUGUCAGAUCAGUCUCAGCCACAAAAGCUUCAAGGUUUUCUGUGUCUCAGUCAGAGAAUGGGCAAUCUACUAGACCAGCCAGAAGUACUUCAGUCACUCGUCCUUCUCUCACCAGUACAAACUCCUCCAGUUAUUUCUCUAACAACAAUAGAACAUCACUCAACACUAGCUCAGCCUCUUUUACUUCUAGACCCACAACCCCUGGCAAACGCCCAACCACCGCAUCUACCACAAGGACAAACACGGCCCCAGCUUCCCGUCCAGUGCCGUCACGUCCAUCCACACCUUCCAAAUCUCGAACAUCUUCCAGUUCUUCGGGAGAUAAUAAAUCCAAACAAAUACAAAACUAUAGACCUUCCACUCCAACCGCCCGACCUUCUACUAAUUCAAAUUCUAGUUCAAGCACUUCAGCAUCUCGUUCAAAUUCCAGACCAUCAACCCCAACACGUCGCAGCAUUACACCAACCCCAGCUCCAGCUCCAACAACCUCGAUCUCCAGACCAUCAACUCCUAAUCGUCGCAACCCAAUAGCACCAGCUCCAGCUUCGGCACGCUCCUCCUCCGUUGGUCGGAUUCCGACAACAAAUGGCAGAAACCCUGCCCCUGGAUUACGUCCUAGUUCACCAGGCCCACGAACCCGAGUUCCUCCAGAUUCCCCACACAAUGUUCCACCAAAUCUCAGGACGAAUCUGCCAGAAAGACCCAUUUCUGCCAGCAAGCAACGCCCAGGAGUGCCAUCAACAAUCCAGGCAAAACCGAAUUCUGUGGCAGCAGCUUCAAUGAGCUCGAAUCGAGGCAAGCUCUCAAACAAUUCACCGAAGGAAAUCCAGAAGUCGACUGCGGUCGGGAGACCCACCAAGCCAGCUUCAUCCACAGAAAGCACUGGAUUCGGGAGGACAAUCUCCAAGAAGUCGCUUGACAUGGCUCUCAGGCAUAUGGACAUCCGGCAAGGCAUGGGGGGCAUUCGUGGGGCCUCUCUCUUUCCCCAGAGCAUCCGCCCAACCACUUCAAAAAGCCUGCCUGUUCGCACUGUCGACAAAGCAGCAACUCAUGAUGAUGAUGAAAGAAUGUCGGAUUUGACCGGUAGAGAGGAUGGAAAUCAUAAUGGAAUGGUCUCCAGUGACAGCAAUUUGGCCAUCUCGGAAGAUGGGGAGGGGGUGGUCGGUUCUGCAGAGAGGGAGUCUGAUGUUGCGAGAGUGAAUGAGCUGGAUAUCUAUGAGAGCUCCCGAUAUGAUGCGAUUCUGCUCAAAGAGGAUUCAAAGAACUUGAAUUGGCUGCACAGUAUCGAAGAUACUUCCAACCAGAGCCCUCUGUUCGAUCAUCGAUUCGAGCCACUGCCAGAACCUUUCAGCCUUAUCUGAGACAUUCGGUUUUUGCAAUGGCUGAUCUUCUCUUUUUACGUUAUUUAUGUUUUAAGAUUUUCUUCUGCAGAUUCAAUACUAGGUGUAUUCUUAUAAUUCUAUAAAUUAUUAUAGAAGUUCUUUAAUGCAUUGUGCUCAUGCUUGAUAGAUGUUUAA